AGCAGCCGGAUCAUGCCCAUAGACCGCACCAACAACAACACCUCGCGGCCAUUGAAGCCCACCCUCGCUACCACCCGCACCGCAAAGACUCCCGUCACCCCACGUCUUGCACCCUCGGCCUCGACCACCACCAGUGCAGCAGGCACCCGGAAACCUCGCAGCGUUGUUGGCUCUACUCCUAGGGUUGCUGCUUCUACCAACGAUGAUGUCACCCCCGCAAAACCCUUCAUAAGCAGCAAUGUCACCCCACGAUCCUCCGCAAGAACGACUCGCGUGGGCACAGGCAGUGCGAAUUCCACCCCCACCGGCACCCCCUCUGUCACUCCCAUCACCUCGCGACCAGCCUCGACCGUUGAUUAUCCCCAGAAAGAGCAGAGCUAUGGCUACAGUGCACUCGGGGUCAAGCCCCCCAGUGGCCAAGGCAAACGUCCGAGGAGCGUGGUAGGGGGCAAUGGUUACAAUACAACGCCCACGCCUCGGCCGCCUUUGUCCAACAUUUAUAACCAUGCUCCUGAUGCGGGAGGGCGGAGUACUUCGCCCAUGUUUUUCCAUGUCAACGACACCCGCCCGGCGCAGGAACAACCGCUACCGCAGAAGAAGAGUCCCGUGUUCUUUUACGCCAAUGGUGAGCAGGAUCAGGGCCGCAAGAAUCACCAUAUCUCCUCUCCACCACUAUCCGCCGUAGGAAAGUCUCGACCAGACAGCAAAUUCUUCCUUGCAGAUAGCGUUUCUGAAGCGAAAGCCUCUCCAUCAUCCCCGCCCCCGAUCCUCACUCCACCACCAAUAUCCACCUCGCCCGAUUCGUGGUCUAAUUACGCUCUUGCGCCAGGCCAACAAGGCCUUCGACCUCCAUCACCAAACAAGGACAGUAUGCACCUUUCGUACCGGAAAGGCGUUUCUCAAGUUCUUCGACCGAAUUUGCAUAGGGGUUCCUCAGGCAUGUCCAUCUUCUCCGGAACUCACACACCCGAGGCUAGUGUUGUCAGCACUGCAAGAAAGACCAGUGGUGCGUCUUCUAUCACGCGCAUGGGCCAUACGAAAAGUGCCAGUUUGUCGUCAAUCGAUUCUACGAAUUCGUUGAAGAAAACACCUUCGCAGGAUCUGGCAAAUAUCCAUCCAAGCCCGUUACAUAACGAGAACACAAUCGUCAACAACGGCACAUUGCCCGGAGAUGCAACUUCUGCACCUGCCGAGACAGAUGAAACCCAAGCUGGAUUGCUGUCACCGGUCCCUAUCAUCGGGAAGCCUGCGCCAGGGCAGACUGUACUGGAACACAUGAAUGAAUUGGCCGCAAAUGCUAGGAGGGAGCGCAAAGUACUAGAUCUUGAAAUCAGCAACAGCUCUCUGCUUGCCAUCAAUCGCUCACUAGAGAAAGAAGUUCGCAAACAGAAGGCAGAAUUGCGUAGGUUUCGACGUAUGACACGCGCCGGCCGAUUCUCAGCGGAUACAAUCAUCACCGAUCCCCAAGAAUAUUCUGUUACAGACACGAAGGAGCUCGGCAACCUCUCUGAUAUGUCUGAGGAGGAGGAAGAGGAGGAUUCCGAAGACAGUAGUGAUUCUUCCUUUGACGAGAGCGUUAUGAGUCCUACAGCGCUAGCAGAGCGUGAUGCUGCCCACCGCUCGCGGGACGAGAAACGACUGCGACAUGAUCUGUCAAAACAUCGCGAACUUCUCGUCGACAGUCAGAAGAUGAAUCAAAGCCUGGGAAGAUGCCUGACUUGGACCGAAGAGCUCAUCAAGGAUGCACAGAAAGCACUAGCUUUUCAGGUUCGUGUUAGCGAUGUACAGCUUGGAGGGCGUGUCCUUAGCUCCGAUGAACAGCAUGACGCUGAGCAAGAGGAAGAUUCAAAGGGACUGCUGAGCCCUUGGACACCGCCGCAUCGCGCUGUGGACUUUGGUUCUAGCCCUCUCUCGGAUUCGGAAGGCAAAGAACGCGACAGUGGAGUUGAUCUGGAUAGCAUGCAACCCAUCAUCGCAGAUCUUCCCAGCAUCAUAUCGCCACUUGCAUCGCCUUUGGAGUCAUCAUCAGCACGACUGCCUUUGGGCGAAUAAGGCAUUGAAACAACAUUCCAUUCUUCCUUCGAUUCACAUCUAUACUUUUUUCGAUUUCUUUUGUCACAUACCCCAGUUAUCCACGCCAAUCGGCGCUCGAUCUCCCUGUUCAACUCAGCGUUUGCUUCGGGUAUAUUGGGAUUAUUGGCUGUACACAUUCAGCGGCGCAUACGGCUUAUACAUCGAGUGUGAUCUCGACGUCCUAACGAAUCUUUCUUAUGUUCAUAUUGCUGUUUCUACACGGAGGUUACUUUCUUUAUUUUCUCUCUUGCGUUUGUCACUUGUAUUACGGCCGUGGACAUGAUAUCCCGGCUGAGUCCUUUCUCCCAUCGAACCAACUAGUCACUCGCCGACCCUUUUUUCCUUUAAUGUCUGUUUUUAAACUUCUCGACUUCUUCGAACAUCAUAUGUGCCGCGCCACAAUACUUGGAACAUACCCGGGAGAUCAGCAGCAAAAGGGGAAGCAAAGGGCACCAGCGGUCAAGGUCACCCAACUCCGCUGCUAUUUCCGUGCGUGAAACGCACCGAAACGCCCAUGUCUCUCUUAACGUCUCCUCACUGAUCUCUCUGCCUCUUCUCUGUCUCCUGGCACACUUUGGGCAUGGACAUGUCACAAGUACGGCGGCUAUGUUUGAUUACCAUUGUGUAUUUUUAUGAGAUACCCCCCCGAACAUCCCUGGAACCGAGUUCUACCAAUUCAUAUUUAGUCGUAGUGCCCAACAAGAUAUGUAGCGAGAAUCUACCUGCUGUGCUACAAGUCCAUAUCUACAUUACGUUUUAUCAAAGUGACAUUCCUUCUUCAUUGGACUCUUCCCGUGCAUCACGCCACAUUUUUUUUUGGGAGAUUCAGAACUUGUCUAAUGAUGGAUUACUAAAUGUGGAGGGGAAAAAUAUAAGAAGCUCCCUCGAUUCCGGCUUCGUGCAAAUGUUACAAUGUUACAUACAUAUAUCAUACCAUCCUACCCUACCCUUACCGUCACGCAGAAACACACACCUUCUCUCUCUCUCUCUCUUUCGCGAUAUAAUGUCCUGGACCCAAGAUUUAUAAUACAAAAAGGAACGCAUGGAUGGAUGGACGAAAAGAACAAAAAGCCCAUCCAUCCAUCCAUCCAUCCAUCUUUCCCCAUAAUUUACGCAGACACAUGAGAAAAAGAAAGAACAACAACAACAACAACAACAACAACAACAACAACAACAACAACAACAACAACAACAACAACAACAACAACAACAACAACAACAACAAUCCUAACCCGUUUCUAUAGUUUGCUUGCCAACAAAGAGAGAGAGAGAGAGAGAUAGAAGAUCUAUGCGACACGCAUGCUUCCUUUUCAUAUUUUUUUUGGUCAACGACUGGUUCGUGGAACCGCUCGCUCGGUUCACAGCCCCCCGUCAUACUCGAUCGAUUCGAUGUUUAUUGAUUCUUGUUCGUUUUUU